AUGUCUGAGCCGAUUGUCGAAAAGGAGGCUGGGCCCCCAGCGGCCGCCCCCACUACUGGUGCUGGCGGUACUCCAACCGAAGAAAAGAAAAAGCGCGAGUACAAGGACUUUGGCCACGAUGAAGAAAAAGCCACUCACGCAAAGGUCGACAUGGCUCAGAUCGAGCUCAAAGCCGAAGAUCUGUACGACAAGGACAAGGUCGAUCUCGAAACCGUGGUUCUCGACGAUGUCUUCACCCUCCUCCAAUGCACUGAGGAGGGUCUUUCCGAGUCUGAAUCCAAGCGUCGUAUCGAACUCUUCGGUCCUAACAAGCUGGAAUCCAAGGAACAAAACCCCUUCCUUCAGUUCUUGGGCUUCAUGUGGAAUCCUCUCUCCUGGGUCAUGGAGGGUGCUGCGCUUGUCGCUAUUGCCCUGUCCAACGGUGGUGGUCGCGCCCCCGAUUGGCCUGAUUUCGUCGGUAUCGUCCUCUUGCUUUUGAUCAACUCGGCCAUUGGUUUCUACGAAGAGCGUGGUGCCGGUAAUGCCGUCAAGGCGCUUAUGGACUCGCUCGCUCCCAAGGCAAAGGUCCGCCGCGAUGGCAAAUGGUCUGAAAUCGAAUCCGCCGAUCUCGUUCCCGGUGAUAUGGUUGCCUUCAAGAUUGGUGAUGUCGUCCCCGCCGAUUGCCGUCUCACUGAGGCCAUCAACGUCUCGAUCGACCAGGCUGCUCUUACCGGCGAGUCUCUUCCCGUUGGUAAGAAGACCGGUGACCAAUGCUUCUCUGGUUCUACUUGCAAACAGGGUGAAGCCGAGGGUGUCGUUAUUGCCACCGGUGCCAAUACUUUCUUCGGUCGUGCUGCUUCCCUCGUCGGUCAAGAUGACGAUACCACCGGUCACUUGCAAAAGAUUCUCGCUCAGAUCGGAUCUUUCUGCUUGGUUUCCAUCGGUCUCUUCGUCGUCCUCGAAAUUGUUAUCCUCUAUCCUCGCUUCCACUACACCUACCGUCGCGGUCUCGAUAACAUUCUCGUGCUUUUGAUCGGUGGUAUCCCCAUUGCCAUGCCUACUGUCUUGUCCGUCACUCUUGCUGUCGGUGCCCAACAGCUCGCCAAGCACAAGGCUAUUGUCACUCGUAUCACUGCCAUUGAAGAAUUGGCCGGUGUCACCAUCCUGUGCUCUGACAAGACCGGUACUUUGACCACCAACAAGCUCACCAUCGACAAGGAACUCGUUAAGACCUAUGGUCCCUUCGCUCCUCAGGAUGUCAUUCUCCUGGCCGCCUAUGCUUCUCGUACCGAGAACCAGGACGCUAUCGAUCAAUGCGUUGUUGGCACUCUUGACGAUCCCGCUCGUGCUCGCGCCGGCAUCAAGCUCCUCGACUUCAAGCCAUUCAACCCUGUUGACAAGCGUACCGAGAUCACCUACCGCGAGGAGUCUUCUGGCCGCCUCAAGCGUGUCACCAAGGGUAUGACUGGUAUCAUCAUCGAGCUUUGCACCCGCAACAAGACCGACGAAGUCGAGAACCAGCUCGAGGCUGACGUUACUGAAUUCGCUAGCCGUGGUCUCCGUGCUCUCGCUGUCGCAUACGAAGAGCUCGACCAUGAUAACCACGAGGGUGAAGGCAACGGCUUCGAGCUCAUCGGUCUCCUCGCCAUCUUCGAUCCUCCCCGUGACGAUACCAAGCAGACCAUUGACGAUGCUAUUGCCCUCGGUGUCAAGGUCAAGAUGGUUACUGGUGAUCAGCUCGCUAUUGCAAAGGAAACCGGUCGUCGUCUCGGUCUCGGUGACCACAUGUACCCCGCCAAGGUUCUCCAGGACGGUCCCCCACCCGGCGGCAAGCACAUGUCUCUCGACGAGAUGAUCAUGGAUGCCGAUGGCUUUGCUGGUGUCUUCCCCGAGCACAAGUACGAAAUUGUCAAGCGUCUCCAGGGUCUCGGCCACUUGUGCGCCAUGACUGGUGACGGUGCCAACGAUGCUCCCGCUCUGUCCCGUGCCAACGUCGGUAUUGCUGUCGAGGGUGCCACUGAUGCCGCUCGCGGUGCCGCUGAUAUCGUCUUGACUGAGCCCGGUCUGUCUACCAUCGUCCACGCCAUCCGCGGCUCUCGCCAGAUCUUCCAACGUAUGCGCAACUACGCCAUCUACGCCUGCGCUGUCACCAUCCGUAUCGUCGUCUGCUUCGCCAUCCUCGCCUUUGCCUACCAGUUCGACUUCCCUCCGUUCAUGGUUCUUAUCAUUGCGCUCCUCAACGACGGUACCAUCAUGACUCUCUCCGUUGACCGUGUCUUGCCCUCGAACACUCCGGAUGCUUGGGACUUGGCCGAGAUCUUCGCCUUCGCCGUCGCCUACGGUCUCUACCUCACCCUCUCCACCAUCGUCCUUGUCAUUGUCAUCCUCGAGACCGACUUCUUCGAGAACAAGUUCGGUGUUUCCCUCGAGUCUGAGCGUGAUGGUGUUACCGGCCGCAAGAACCACAACGAUCGUCAGCUCCACAUGAUCAUCUACCUCCAAGUUGCCAUGAUCUCCCAAGCUCUCAUCUUCGUCACCCGUUCCCACGGCUUCUUCUUCAUGGAGCGUCCUUCGACUGCCCUGCUCGGUGCCUUCGCCAUUGCCCAGCUCGUCUCUUCCAUCAUUGCCGCCUACGCCGACUGGGGCUUCACUGACAUCCACUCCGUCUCUGGUGGCUGGAUCGGUAUCGUCUGGGUCUGGAACAUUGUCUGGUUCUUCCCUCUCGACUGGAUCAAGUUCGCCAUGAAGGCUACCGUCAUCAGGUGGUUCCGUGCCCGCCGCGAGCGCAAGGCUCACGAGGCUGCUCGUGCCAGCGGUGGCGAGGUCCCUCUUACCCGUACCACCUCGCGCGCUGCUUCGAUCCACGAGUCGCUCUACUCGAACCGUGUCAGCUUCCUCAAGCGUGCUGCCCGCCGCGCCGGCUUUGGUGACAAGCGCGUCCGCAUGUCCCAGGGCGAGCUCCAACGCUUCUCGUCUAUCCAGGCUGCCCAGACUGGUGCGACAUUGGCGCGCAACCCGAGCCGCCCCCACUAG